AUGCCAUCACCAACCCAAGCCCGCCUCCUCUGGCGCACCCUCUCCCGCAACAUGGUAGAGCCCCACCCUUUCGCCCGCAACCCUAUAACCAUGACGCCUCACGCAUGGCGAGCGGGUGAUCUCUCAAGGAAACUAGUAAAAACGAGUGCUGUCUACUUCCCGUUCUACGCAGUCAUCUUCGGCUGGCCAGUCGCGGCGUCGUGGUGGUUUAAUGGGAAUAUGUGA